CUGGGAGUGUCCAUCCCUGGCCGCGAUUGUCCAUCCCUGGCUUGCAUUGCGCAAAAAGAUAAACAUAACAAUUUCGCUCGCCGCAUUGGACUACAAUUUAUUUUACUGGUUAUUUGUCAAACAAUACCCUCGCAAGCCUGCUGAUUCGCAAUGCCUGGAAUGCUGAGAGGAGUUCUCUGCCGGCCCGAGGCGCGUCUGCUGUCCAUGCGUUGCCUAGGCUCAGCCGCUGGGGGCAGCUCAGGCCCCGCAGAGGGAGCCAGCCCAGGCGCCACGCCCCUGCGCCCACGUCCAAAUGCUCUGACCGAUGAGAUAAUACGCGUCGAUCAUGCCGGCGAAUUGGGCGCAGAUCGCAUCUACGCCGGCCAAAUGGCCAUUCUGGGCAACGGACCGCUGGGCAAGACCAUCGGACACAUGUGGGAGCAGGAGAAGGAGCACCGCAAGCAGUUCGAGCAGCUCAUCCAGCAGCAUCGCGUGCGCCCCACGAUCAUGACGCCGCUGUGGAACGUGGCCGGAUUUGUGUUGGGCGCUGGAACCGCCCUGAUGGGCGAAAAGGCGGCCAUGGCCUGCACGGUUGCCGUGGAGACGGUCAUUGUGGAGCACUACAACGACCAGCUGCGCCAGAUCAUGGAGGCACCCAAUCCCGACAAGGAGCUGCUGGCCACAAUAACCAAGUUUCGGGACGAGGAGCAGGAGCACCACGACACGGGCAUCGAUCACGGGGCCGAGCAGGCGCCCUUCUACCAGGCCAUGACCGAGGUGAUCAAGUUCGGCUGCAAGACGGCCAUCGCCAUCUCGAAGAAGAUCUAGGAGGAGUAGUUGGGGCGGCCGCCCCACCCACUGUAUAUACCAAAACUAUCUGUUCCCGCACCGUUGUUAAGCAUUAAAGAAAGAGCUAAAUGUCCAGUA